CUCUCUCUCUCUCUGCUUCCACAGCAUACAUCGUCACUCCUACCUACCUACCUUUUUCUUCCACUCAACUCACUCUCGCUACUUCCAUGGUUGUAUCUUCUUCUUCUUCUUCACCAUUACCCCUUUUGCGGCCAAUUGGAAAGCUUUGGCUUCUAGACAGCAACAUACUCUCAGAAAUGAACUAGCAGAAGUUACAGUUUAAGACCCUUUUGACAGCAUUGGAAAACAUGGAGAAUGGUUGGAGCUGGGAGCAGAAGACGUUGAUUAGUGAGCUAAUUCAGGGGAUGGAGAUGGCGAAACAGUUGAGGGUACAAUUGAAUUCAACAUCUUCGUCGCCCGAGAUUGCAGAUAUGCUUUUACAGAGGAUAUUAGCUUCGUAUGAGAAGGCUCUGUUGAUUCUGAGAUGGAGUGGGUCAAUGGGACAGCACCAGACUGUCGCAGGAACAGCAGCUGUGCCGGGGUCUCCGAUUUCUGUCAACGGAAGUCAUGGGAGCGAGGAAUUUGAAAAGGGUCUCAAGGAUCAUCAGGACUUUAAUGUCUCAAAGAAGAGAAAGAUAUUGCCCAGAUGGACGGACCAAGUGAGAGUGAACUCUGAGACAGGGCUUGAAGGUCCCCAUGAUGAUGGCUACAGUUGGAGAAAAUAUGGUCAGAAAGACAUCCUCGGAGCCAAACAUCCCAGAAGCUAUUAUAGAUGCACUUUUCGCAUCAGUCAAAACUGCUGGGCAACAAAGCAAGUGCAAAGAUCGGAUGAAGACCCCAACGUAUUCGAAAUCACAUACAGAGGAAAGCACACCUGUUCCCACGCUACCAAUUUGGUCCCAGCACCACCAUCACCAGAAAAGCAAGAACAAAAACACAACAACAAUGACUAUAAUGAUCAUCAUCAACAAGAGCAAUCACUUGACUUUCUCUCAGACAUUCGAAGCAGUAUGAGGAUUGAUACUCAUGAGCACUUUGAUGAUAAAGAGAUGGCAUAUCCCUUCUCUUUUCCUUCAACUUCAUUUGGAUGCUUCAAGAGUGAAAGCAGUAGCUUUUCGCUUUCUGCACUUGACAAUAAUACUCUCCUGGGCAGUUUUUCUCAACCAUUUUUCUCUCCGGCCACCCCGGAAUCAAACUGCUUCUCAGCGCACGCAUGCCAGACGAGCAACUUCAGAGGGGUUCACAACGGUCACCGUUCGGAAUCUGAUCUCACUGAGAUAUUCUCCGCCAACACUUCAGCCUCCAGUUCUCCUAUUCUAGACUUGGAUUUCUCACUUGAUCCAGUGGAAUUUGAUCCAAAUUUCCCAUUUGACUCCCCGGCUUUUUUCUCUUAAUUCCAUUUAGGCCCUAAAUAAGAAUAAAAGCAGCAUGUAGGAUGCAAUCUGAUUAGACCUGUUGAGCCUAGCUUGUGAUAGAAGAGAUGUUUAGAGAAUGUAUAAGAUCCUCCUUUAAUUUUUGCUGUAAGAUAGAUAUUAAUGAUAAGAGUUAACAAUUUGUCCAAU